CAGCAGUAGUCACACUGCACCAGACGCUAUGGCAAAGACUGAAAAACAAGCGAUGUUUGUCAUAAAUUUUCAGGAAGAAGAGGCUAAAUGUACAGAAUCCCAAUUGGAUAUAUUAUUAAAAAUCAACGACGGACAGUACAGACUAGUGAAGAAGAACAAGCGCAGCUCGGUAUGGAACGUUUACAGAGAGAUUGCGCGUCCAGACGGCAGCAAGCUGAAGUGGAGAUACUAUUGCUUGGGCUGUAACCGGGUAAUGCAAUCCACCGGAGGCACUACAUCCAAUCUGCGUAUACACAAAUGCCAUGUGCGCUACCUUAAACAACGUGGCAGAGAUGUCGAGUCCCAAGAGCAGCCACAACGGAGUCACAACAUCAGCCGAACGAGCAAGCGGCAAAUGCAACAAUUUGAGGAAUACUAUCACCCGAAAUCGGAACAUUACAGGGAUGUGGCAGAGGACUUUGAGGAUGCGGGCAUUGCAGCUACCACGAAUCCAAAAAUCGAGCUUCUUGAGUCGCCGGAGGAAAUAUCGUUGAUCCCCAACGAGCGUCCGCUUUUUAAACUCUUCUCCGAGGAGGAAUCCUGGUCACCAGACCUAUCCGAAGUGCAGCCCAUUGAAUUGGAUCCUGUGACGGAGGAAGAGUCACAGGACUUUAGUAAGCAAACAAUUAAGCCAAACUCCGAGCAUACCAUUCACAUCGAUGCCACAGCGAUAUCCGAGGCGGAAAGCUAUGCCCGUGCCUGGGCGCAUGCAUUCCUCAAGCUGAGCGAGGAUCAAAAGUUCUACGCAAAGCGAUCAAUAGAUGAGCUUCUGGUUUUGGGACGGUUAGAAAGGUUGAAUAUUUCAACAGUGACAUCGCUAACAACCAAUUUGUAAAGUACGAAAUUAGAUUUAAUCAGUUGUAAAUUAUGUAAGCUCACAGUUAUUAAAUAAACUAUAUUCAAAAAUA